UAUGAACUCUUAAUAUUUUAGUGGCUAUCACCCCAAGCAGGUGGCAAGCUAGUCAGUAUCUGCUACACCAGGGAUCGGUGUGUAGUCGAAAGGUAGAAUAUUCAUAAAGACCCAAAUCUGCUUAAUAAAUUCGCCAAACACUUGUGGGAAUUUGAUUUUUAAACAUUAAAAAUUCGUAUAAUUCCGGUGCAGUGCCUAGUCGUAACAGACAUUCGCCCUGAAGGAAUUAAGGAUCCAACCAAGGAUAGCCAAGUCCGGGGUUCCUGUAGGCUGCUACAGCCACCAUGAACUCGCCGGUCGCCUUUCUGUCAUUCCUUGUCUUCUGGUUCUGCGGGCCAUCAGACGCCAUCAGAGUACCCGUCUCCUACGAUGACCCGCCGAGAUCUUGCCCUGGGCCUGCUCCCACCAAAGUGCUGUUGUGUUACUACGAGGGUCGUCUUGCCCUAGAGAAGCUAGACCCGUGUGUCUGUUCUCAUCUUGUCUUCACUUCUGCAGCCACCAUUAACCCCAACAACUACACCCUCAACCUCACUACAGACGUGGGGAAGGCGACACGUGAACUGAGGCUGCAAAACCCAGAACUUGAAGUUCUGAUAAGCGUGGGUGGAGUUCGAGUGCCAACAGAAGUGGUUGAAGCAAUGGUCAAGUCCGCUGACAGGAGGGCAAUGUUCGCUUCCAGCAUCGCCCGCAUCGUCAGAGACGCCGAUCUAAGCGGCAUCGAAAUCAACUUCAGGCUGGACUCUAAGGGCGGGUCCAAAUAUUCCAAGGGAGGCCUUGUGGCUCUCGCAAAGUUACUUCGAAAGGAGAUCGAUGCUGUAAAAUCGCACAGAAGUAAGAGAGACUACUCGGUCUUCGAACAAGUCGACGACAUCAGUACGACAGCCUGGACACCUCCCAGACGGUUCGCAACGAGAGGAGUGCGCAAGGCGGAACCUAGAACCAGAAUGCCACACAGACCAAUUUUAAGAAGUACACGCACUGACACGCAUAGCAAUGCGAGAGAAACUCUUCUGCAGAGCUACCUAGCACUGGAACACAGAUCUUCCAAGGACAAACUGCUUCUGAUCAACGUUCCCACCCAACCAGAGAUCCUCGUCAAGAGAUUCGACCUGAAGACGCUCGCAAAGUAUGUGGACUAUUUCACUAUACCAAGUCACAAUCUGACGGAUUCCUCAGAAAAUGGUGUUACCUAUCACCCCAGUCGUCUUAUGGGUCUUGCCGACAUCCUGAACACUGAUUCUAUACUGGACUUAGUGAUGGGUCUUGGAGCCCCUCACAACAAGCUAAUUAUAAGUAUCCCAGCCACGGCAACACAGUUUACCCUGAAAGAAGUUAAACAGAACACGCCCCGAUCCCCAAUCACGGCCGGACCAGAAACACUCACGCAAACUGAGUUGUGUACCUUAAUGUCUGCUGGAGGCUGGACUAUUGAGCGAGAUGAGGACCUUACUGCACCAUAUGCCUUCAAGAAUGGCUCUUGGCUUUCAUUUGAUGACAGGAUCAGCGUCGGAAUAAAGAGCAAAUACGUGCUACUCCGAGACCUGGCAGGAGCAGCACUGUAUCCAGUGGACAGUGCAGACUGGUCAGGUACCUGUCUGGUGGAGAACAGUACAGACAGCAAAAUACCACAAUUACUUCACAGUCUGCAUCAUGCUUUCACUUCGCUGGCUCGUAAAUCGAGAGGUACUCUACUGGAAACACUACAAGAAGACAUCAGGACUUCAACCCUUCUAACCUUCACAGGAGAUGUUCAACUUUCACCGUACCGAAUUGUGAGAGUGAUCGAUAAUCUGGGGGCUGUGCACGUUGUGAGGAAAAACGCGAGGACUGAGUUUGAAUGCUCAAGGCAGGGUUACUUCAGACACCCACUUAGUUGUAACAGAUUCUACCGAUGUGUGAAAUUUAACCAAUACUCAGAAGACUUCACAGUAUUUGAAUAUGAUUGCCCCGCUGGCCUCGCAUUUGAUGAACGUUGGGAGGUCUGUGUAUGGCCGGGAUCCCUUCCUGAAGGUGCUUGCCAGGGUUCCAGUGAAAUUGCUCCUGUACCUAGAGCUCGCUACACUUGUCCCAAAACAGAAGGUUACUACGCAGAUCCUGAAAACUGCCGCUGGUUCUUUGCCUGUUUGGACCACACUCGAGAUGGAGUCACACCUCUGACAGCUUAUGAGUUUCGCUGUCCUUUCGGACUAGUUUUUGAUGAACAGAAUCUACUUUGCCAGUGGCCAUGGCUUGUUGAUGGUUGUGGAAACAGUGGAGUUUUUGCUGGAGCUUAUUUCGGUGAGCUAGCAUUUGGUGAUGCUGUAAGAAGAGGUUAUGCUGCAACAGCUGGUGGAUAUAAAGCUGGAGGUGCAGUUACUGGUAAUAUAGCAUCACAAAAAUCUGGUUCUAUAUUUGUUCCUGUAAGUGAUUUGGGUGUGCAUUCUGGAGUUGGCAUCACUUCCAGUGAAGAUGCAAUAGCUGUACAACAAGGAACAAGACUGGCCACAGGCGACGCUGCAGGUGGAAUACUUUUCACGGACACAAAUGCUGGUAGCAAUGUAGUUACAUCAACUGCUUAUGUUUCUGGAGCUAGUAGAGGAAGCAUAAAACAUAGUAGCAACUCAGCUGCAGGAGGAUUUGGUGGACAAAUAUCAGGAUCUUACAUAGCUGGAGGAAAGAGCAGUCAAGCUUUUGAUAAUUCUGGUUCAUUUAAUGAAGGAAGACAUAUAUCUUCAUAUGCAUCAUUCCCUGAUUCAUAUGUGUCUGGUGGCAGAAUCGAAAAUUCUGGUGGAUUGGUGUUGGGAGAACAUGUUGGUGUUCACGGAACUGAAUUUGGCAUCAGGUCUGGAGGCACUUCCGUCAUAUCUGGAGGGCAAACUCUCAACUUAGGCAAUGCAGGUUUAAUUGAAAAUAUUGAUGGUUCCAGGAAUAUUUAUUCAUCAGAUGUAAUUCGUGCCAACAAAGGAAGAUAUUUGUCAGGCAGCGUUUUAUCAUCUGUGCCUACUAAAACUGAGAUCAAGACUCCAAAUAUUCCAAUUAUUCCAGUUCCUACUUUUCAGAAACCAGCUGCUGCUCAAAUACCCAUUAUACAACCUACUACAGUACCAAUCACAACAUAUCAACAGACACUGGUUGAAACUCCACAGGCCCCAGUUAUCCCAGUAACUACUUUCAGAAGACCUGCUGUAGCAAAGGUCCCUAUUGUUCAACCUGUUGCUCAAGCAGUCCCUGUGGCAACUUAUCAACAGACACUGGUUGAAACUCCACAGGCCCCAGUUAUCCCACUAACCACUUUCAGAAGACCUGCUGUAGCAAAGGUCCCUAUUGUUCAACCUCCUGUUGCCCAAGCAGUCCCUGUGGCAACUUAUCAACAGACACUGGUUGAAACUCCACAGGCCCCAGUUAUCCCACUAACCACUUUCAGAAGACCUGCUGCAGCAAAGGUCCCUAUUGUUCAACCUGUUGCUCAAGCAGUCCCUGUGGCAACUUAUCAACAGACACUGGUUGAAACUCCACAGGCCCCAGUUAUCCCACUAACCACUUUCAGAAGACCUGCUGCAGCAAAGGUCCCUGAUUUACAACUUUCCACAAUCCCUGUUGCCCAAAAUAUUCCUGUGACAUAUCAACAGACAAUAGUUGAAACACCACAAGCAUCCGCUGUUCCCAUUGCCCCAGAUGUAUCUCUUAUUCAACAUGCUGUAACAACUAAGCCCCUUGUCAGAACACCAACAAUAUUACAGACAUCAACUGUUGAUACAGCCCCAGUUACAAAUUACUUUGAACAAACACCAGCAGUUCCAGCUGUUUUAAGAAGAACCAAAUUACGACCAGUAGCAUAUCAGGCACUAACCAUACCUGACACCAAACCUCUUGUUCCAGUUGUAAACACAUAUCUGAGCACACCUGCCUCUACUGUACUUCCAAUUCAAAGAACAUUUUCAGAAAGUGGUGGUGCUGGCUUUACUGUUGAAGGAGAUGAGGGGGAAGGGCAGUCUCUUCAAGGAAGACCUGUAGUAUCUGUUGCAACAAAUGGAGCCGCUGGAAUUUCAUUGCCACUUGCAAGAUCGAAUGUCGAAACGUUUGGUGCUGUGGUCACAAAAAAUACAGUUCCAGUAAGUACAGCCCCAGUGAUAAAAACAGGCAUAUCUUUUGGAGAAUACUCUUAUUCAACUCCAGCUACUGGUAGUUCAGUCCUUGGGUCUUCGAGUUAUUCUCCUAGUGGCUAUUUUUCUUCAACGCUAGCCCCUGCGAUAAAUUCAGGAACAGCAACUGCAGACUAUUCUUAUGCUACCCCAGCAACUAUUAUCUCAGCUGGUAAAACCGUUUCUGUUACACCAGUCCCAGACAGAAAAUCACAUGUGUCUUUUGGAAGUUAUCCAUUCACAGCAAUAGCUUCUUCUGUUCCAUUUGCUGCUGAUGUAAGAUCCAAUGUAUCAUCUGUUGGAUAUUCCUAUCCCUCACCUGCACCUAUAAUUACCAAUGGUGCAAUUUCUGUUAAUGUGGUUCCUACUCUUAGACCUAAUAUUGAGGCAUACUCGGUAUCAAGAGUUGGUAUAGUUCCUGGUGACACCGUUCAAACUGUAAACACAAGAGUAACACCAGCAUUUGAAUAUUCAUAUCCUAAAUCAUCUACUCUGUUCACAUCUGGCAAAACUUCAACUUUCAGAGGAGUCUCUCUGGCAAGUGGUCUUGAACCAGCUUUAUCUGACAGUUCUGCAGGGUUAGCCUCAGGUUUGGAACUCCCAUCUUCUACAGUUGGACCAGUGUUCAUUGAUUCCAGUGUUACAACAAGACCAUAUGCUUCAAGGACCGGUGCUACCAAGCUGGGAUUUGCCCUCCCUACUUUCAACACAGAAAUUGACAAAAUCCACAAAAAUGGGUAUGUAUCUUCAACAACUGCACCAUCAGUUGCAGUAACCCCAGAAAUACCAAUAUUCAGAAGUUAUACAGUAAAUCAGAAGGCUCUUCUUUCAACCACUGGAGCACCAAUUCAUGCAGUGCCACUUGUCGAUGGGGAUUUCGGAGCACGAACUUCUUUCCAGGGUGAUAAGUUUGCAGCAUCUUAUCUUGGAGCAGAAGUAAGGGAAGGAUUCACACCACAAACAAAGCUCACCUAUGGAGCUCCUCCAAACACACAGUAUACAAGUGACUCAGCAUUCAUUACAUCAUCCAUAUCUGAUAACAGCCAAGGACGAGGAACGCCUUACCCUGAAUAUGUCUCAGGUUAUGUUUCAAGUACUACCAUUCCAGCUACCUCAACAUCUGAAGCCAAUAAUGUUUAUUCAAAUACUCAGAGAUCCAAUGUAUUCCAAAAUCACAAUUUUGUGUCUUCCACACCAAGGCCUGUUACAUACUUAACUGAAGUGACACCUAAAUCCGUCAAAGUAACCUCUGUUCCAGUUUUACAGCCAACAACAGACUACAAGACAUCAGAAGAAUUUGGCUCACGCAUUGGUGAGCCUGCAUCAGGUAAAAAAUCAACAUCAAGAACGCAUAUUAAUUAUGAUAACGAAAAUGUCGAAGCACUUCUUGAUAAAUAUUCAGGAAAAUUUGGUGGUCUACUGGACAACAAUAAGGAAAGUUUCAUUAGUGGAGUAAUAACUGAUGAUCUUGUUGGUCAUGGUGGGGGUGAGGUGUCACAGAGUGGUACAGGGUAUGCUUUUGAAAGAGGGCAUGUUCAUGGUGUUGGGCAAUCAGACUCGCAUGAUGGAUAUUCAACAACUAAGGGACAUAGUGGCAAAGGCUCUAUCACAACUUUCGGAACUAGAGCUGGCUUCACCACAUUACCUGCUACUGAUAGUGGCGCAAGAAAUUUUGAAAAUAUAGAAUAUUCUACAUCACGUGGAAGUUAUGGCAGCACAACUUCAUCACCUGAUACAGGCCUGAGAGGAAAAGUCAGAUAUGGUUUGAAUGUAAACAUAGACGCAGAUGGAGGAAUUGGAUAUGACACUGUCGCAGUCAGACAUGAAGGUACAAAAUCACAAUCCAAACAAUCACCUAUUGUUGUUAUCACACGCCUAAGUGACAUCAACCCCCUUCUAAUCGCUAAACUUGGUGCUCAGUGCACAUGUAAAUCUAAUACUGUCUCACUGAAGAGACUAGAUGAUUACCCAAGAAGCAGUUCUUCUGGUACUCAAUCAGAACCACUUUAUAGCACUACUUUUGAUGAUGAUAUAAAUUCAAGAAGUGGAACAUACAACAUUCCUGAACAUAUACCUUCAGCACCUCUACCAGGAUCAAACAUUGUGACAGGAAGUUCUCCAGAUAUUAUUCUUAGACUGGAUGAUGAAACACCAUCAACACCUGUCAGAUUGGCCCCAAAUAAAUUCCUCAAAGCAAUUGGACUGGAUGAAACUGGAAUCACAGAGGCGCCUACGGUGUUCGUAGCAUCAUCAAGGCCACACAGUAAGCUGACAGAAGUGGCAUAUACAACAGCAAAGUCUGCUGAGAUAAGUUCCCAAGUUCCUUUCACUAAAGGUGCGAGAUUAUAUACAAGCCCUCAGAUCGUCUCCAAUCCAAUUGAACCACAUGUUCAAGUCAGCUCCCCAAUUUCUUCCGCAGCAAAUUUUAGAUCCAAUGCAAGGCCUCUGGUACCAGUUGCAUCCUCUGACACCACUGUUCCAGUGGCAGAAACUGCAGUCGCAGACUUCGAAAGCGUUGCUGCAGUUUCUGGUGAUUAUCCUGAAACAGGAUUCCCUGAUUCUGGUGUAGAUCUAGGAGGGCCUACAAGAGGAUCAGGUGUUAGAACAGAUGGUGGGGUACCUGGAGUAGGUUUGGGUGCUGUAGCACGAGCAGGAACAGGUGCUGGUAGAGCAUUUGACAGAUAUGGACCUGGAGGUUGGCGAGGACUGGAUGAGACUUUGCAAGGUUCUGUAGACUGUCAACGAGCAGGUCUAUUCCGACAUCCAAAAUAUUGCAACAAGUUCUAUGCAUGUCAUUGGGAUGAAUGGAAGGGGCGUUACACACUUCAUGUGUUUAAUUGUCCAGUUCAUCUUGCAUACGACUCAAACCUAGGAGCAUGUAACUGGCCAUCCAAGGGACCUACAUGCUCAGAUGACAAUUUACUUGUUUAAAAGCUACCUUUGCAAAUAAAAUUUUGGAAGAAGAAAAUAUAUGUUACAUUUAUAAAUUAAAUACACACAGAAAGUGCCUUCAACAAACUGUGAUUUGUUGUACACUUUGUUUUAUGAAACAGUUACGAAUGUACCAAAUGCACACGUAAUUGCUUGGCAACAGCAACCAUAUAAAUGCUGUAAAUUCAAGGCAGAUAUCAUGCCUUGGAACUUUCUUUUCUUUAACAGUUAAAGUUUUCAUAACAGAAAUUUGUAAAGGCGUUCAAUUUUGAUACUGGAAAACAGCAACCUCACAUAAAAGAAUAUGCAUGUUCUAAAAUGACAGCUAUAAAGCUGCAAGCUUACAGAUCUGCAGUCAUAUUAACUACAUAAAGUUCCUUAAUUUCGGCAUAAAUUACAGUCUCUCAAAACAACUAUAGCCAAAGCAACAGUUCCAGAUGAAUGACAUUUUGUUUCCUUCAAUAAUAACUAGAGAAGUUUAACUUCAUCGAACUGUAAACAUCACUCAUAUGUGGAAUAUACCUCGUAUACUAUCUUUUGAUACUACCGAAGAUGUUAGUCAUUUUAUGUUUCAAAUCAAUGAUGUGAUAUUUAAAUUAAACACAGUAAUAAUCAUACCCUUUUAAGGAGUGUAAGAUUAUUAUACAUAAACAUUUAUUUGAAACAUUUUGUAUUUUUUAGUGUAUAUUUACUUUAUAAAUGACCUACAAUAUUUGAAGUACACAAUGGUCUAACAAAGUGCUGAAUUAUGGGAACACUCAACAAUAAGAGACUUAAUACUUUAAAAAAUAACAUGAUUGUGCCAAUUUUCUGCAAGUGUGAAAAUUCUUGUUCAGAUCUUCUGCUAGGGUGAACAGAUUGGUAAAACAAAAAUUAUUAUUGCAAUUUAUUACCGUUUUCUUCUGUAUAAUAUUAUCAUUAUUUUAUUUAAUAGAUUUCAACUACUGGUCAGAUGUCAGUAUGUAAAUGAUCUUGAGAUAAAACAGGUUUGUGGGAUAUUUCUGUUUAAAACAGCUUCAGUAUAAUGAUGAAGCAUUUCAUAUUUCUAAACUGGGGGAAAAGUGUGGAUGUUUAUGUAUCAGAUUUUCAAACACUAUGAAUACUGGCUAUGGCAAAGUCUUGAACUGCUAAGCACUUAGAAAUAUAUUAUGUCAUAUAUGAUAACUUCCUGUUUAAACCUCAAUCUUUAAAAAAACAUAAUGUUUUUAUGAAGUUCUGAAUGAUUAUUUUCAACAUGGACACAGAAAGUGAUGAAGUUGUAUAUAUAGAAGAGCCCAAGUGCAAAUUAAUUGUGUUAAAUACACAAUAAUAAAUUUAUCUUUAUGCCAUCACAAUGCAGUAUGGCACAGAGAGAAUAAUUUAUGUAUAACUUAUUAUAUUUAUAGACAUAGUUGCUUUUUAUGUGUAAUAUGAUACUACAAACACAACAGUUGAAACUAUAAGUCCAGUUAGUUAAAAUCUCUGUAAUUAUUUCAUAUGAGUAUAAAUGUAAAUUGUAAAAACGUAAUCUGUAAUAAAAUUUUGUGAAGCAAUA